GUACAGAUAUCUGACAAUUCUACUUAAGUACAGUAACAAAGUACUUGUACUUUGAAAUGUGAUUACUUCUGUUCUUGAUGCAGUUUUUUAUUUUACAUAUGGAUAUUACUUUUAACAAAGUAAUAGUAAAAGUAAUACGUCCACACUGUAGACUGCACCACUAUUUUUCUCCUCCUCCUUUUUCUCCUCCAGUUGAGAUACUGGGAACAGCACUCUACAAGAACCGGAUUUCGAUUCCCAAACGUGACAUCAGAUAGAAAGACCGUCAGGCUGCAGCAUAUGAAAAAUGACUCUAACUAUUUAGUGUUUAAUUGCCUGUCAUUUUAUUUAGUGAAGCUUUACUGAAGGUGCUGGAACACUGGGUUGUUGUGGCCAACUUUAACCACUGCAUAUAUGAUUGUGUGAUGUUACAUUGUUCAGGGAAACAGCAAAAAAGCAAGAGUUGUAUGUCAGACUUGACAGGCCUCUUUGGGCAUGUUGAAUUUUAAGGUUCAUCCCAGUACAAGUAGAAAAAGACUCAACAGCCAUGGCUUAUUAAAGACGUGCCAUGAACAUGGCAGUAAUUUUCAGCAAAAACCAAACAUGGGACACAAACAGUGGUACAAUGGUGAUUUGUUUUGCUACUGGAUGACCUCGCCCUGCAUGGCAAAGUAUCCUUGGGCAAGGUACUGAACCCUGAGUUACUCCUGAUGUAUUUAUUGAAGUGUGAUUACUCAAUAGUAAGGACAGAGACUAAGAAAAAAAUGCUUGUAUGAAUGUGUGUGAGUGAGACAUGCUGUAUAACAGUCCUUUGAACGCUCAUGUAGAGAAAGAAAGUGCUAUGCAAGAACAGGACGAGUUUAAAAAAAUGUCUUGAUAUAUAAAGCCUUAGAAGUGAAAGAGCAUGUAAUUAGUUAGCAUGUAGAGCAGACAAAGUUACCCUGUGCAUGUUGCAGGUGUCACAGCUGCUGUCUUCCAUAUUCAAAGAUUGUGCCAACCUAACCCAGCGGUUUAUCUGAAUGUACACUCUCAGCUGUUGCCUUAAACAUGUUUACACAAUACAAUUCAACAUCAUCAUUCACACAAAGACACUUUAAAGUGAUUGUCAUGGUGAUUCUACCGUAGAAAGAUGAGCAGAUAGAAAUAGAGGCUGCACCCUGACUGCUCAUCCCUUUGUUAUCUGUUGAAGUUCAGCAGCGGCUGACUUUUUCCACAGGUCAGCAUCCACUCAGCUUUAACAUCACUCUGGGUUCUUGGCUGGCUUAGCAUUAGCAUGCUAUCUGCACAGGUGCUUGUGAAGAGCCGAAGUUGUUUUAACAGUAUAAUGCAGUUGUUUCUGUUCUGGAGCAAUCUCCACUUUACCAUCACGCUCUCAUCCUUUUUUACAAUAAAAAUAAAAGUAAUGUCCAUAUGAUCGUAGUGAGGAUGCAAGAAUCGAUCAGCGGCACUGAUAGACAGGCAGACUAACGAUUCCAAGGAACCAGUUCUUGAUCCCAAGCACAAACACUAACACACAAAGUUUACAAGAAUCCACCGCUUUUCAUAUAUGAGCAAAAAUCACGCCACCACUGUCUGAACCAGCCAGGCUUCAGACGUCAUCAGUGACAUCACUUACUCUUGAAGAAGCAAGCCUCAAUUCGCGCUUCAUUAAAUACUUCCUGGAUUUCUCGACACACACUCCAAAGCCUUGGCACAGUGCAUCCCAUCUGUUACAUCCUGGGAGGCUGUGGGAGUGUGUGGGCGUGGUGUUGUCUUCUCUCUCCUCCUCCUUCGUUCUGGCCCCUCCCCUUGUCUCUCUCUCUGCCCCUGCCCUCUCCUUUAGGUCACACCUGCUGCUCAUCUGCUCUCGUUACAACCAAUUACCCUCAGGGGUGAUAUAAGCUGGAGAAGAGCAGUGUGGAAGAGGAGGGAGAGGUUUCUGGUGGAUUUCCUCUGUGCUGGUCAGAGUGUGCUACUGGCUUAGGUGUAGAACAGCCUGCUGCGUAUGACCAGCCUUCUGGUGUGUGGCUCUUUGUGAGUAGUGUUUAACUGAGCAGUGAUUGCCCAUGAGUGACGGCGGCCUUCAUUAGUUUGUGUGGCCUGCCUGGAUAUUGUUUGCUAGCAGCGUUGCUGUCUCUUUCUGUUGAAGCCUUAUUGUUGCUUUCUUUGUUGAAGUGGUCAUUACCACUUUGGGUUGACCUCCCUGAUUUCUCAUUAAAGCAGCGGUGCUGUCUCCUUUUGUUGUUGCCAUUUAUAUGAUUAUUGAGGUGUUUGCCUACAAUAAAGAUCUAUUUUAUGUUAAAUACCUCUGCCUGGCGUUCUUUUCAUUCCACCUGGAUCUAACUGUUACUGUCCCCCACCCUCAUCGCCUAGACUUUUAAGUGGGGACGUAACACCAUCACUAUCUAAAGGUACUUCCUAUCUUCUAUUCCUAACCUCUUUUCCUUGACCUAGAUGAAAAUGUAAUUUAGAUCACGUAUAAGUAGGCAGGGGCAGAGUUUUAGGGGACCUCGGCUCCCCAUCAUAAAGAAAAGCGAGCCGUUUAUGUUGGCUGGUAGACAUGGACAUAAAAUUCGAGCAAAGGCAAAACAAGGAGCGACAACUAGAUUGAAACCUAAACUAGGAAAACUAAAAAACUAUGAAAACUGUGACAAGACUGUAGAACUAUGAAUCAACUAUGACGACUGUGAAUACUGUGAGGACUAUAAGUACUGUGAUGAGACGUGGAGGGAAAACAGACUACCUGAAAAUGAACAAAUACACACAGGAGGUGAUCAGGGGAAGUGAUGACACACGGGGAAACAGUUGACUAGACAGGGGAAGUGAAACUAAACACAAUGACAAAGACAUACAAGACUCUUUCAAAAUAAACCAGGAAACACUGAGAAAAUAACACUAACCAAAGAAGAAAACUAAAACACGCAAAAGACUGGGUCACAGACACAGUACCAUGACAAAAGUACCAUUCUUCAUUAAAGACAGCGGAAAAUCACACUGCCACGCCAUACACAAGAAGCAGUCUGGUCAGACAACUGCUUUUACAUACAGACCCUCUGUACUGGAACUGUUUGUAUGUUAUUUCUCCAGGCCUAUAGGGGGCGCAGGGUUGCACAGUUUGCUAUGUUGAGCCAAUUAGUCACUAAAAGAAGUGUAAUAGGAAGUGUUUGCUCAUGAGUGAAGCAAGACAUGGUGUGUUUUCCUCCGAUCCAAAGCCAUCCACUCCGUUAAAUCCCUUUGAGUGGCAAUAUGAUUUCACACUUUUUUGCAUUAAAUCCUGUCCAAAUACAACACGUGCCUGUUCCUUGGAGGAAGUGAUGCAAGAGAGAGUUUAGCUGGCUGUGAAUCUCAAUAUAGGACACUGGGUCACAUUGGGUGCAACAGUACAGUGAAAUCAUAGCGCUCUGCGAAGGACGUCGAGUGACAGUUCUACUCUAACAUGGAGAAAUCAGAGGCUGAAGGUCAAAACGACGAGGAAGCAAGGUCCACUCGCUCAAGAAGGUCCUCAAAGUCUUCAGGAAAACUGACUGUUAGAUCAUCUACAGCAUGUUCAAGCAGGUCAUCAGCAUCAACCCGAGCCAGUAUGGCAGCAGCGCGGGCACAAGCAGAAGCUCAAGCAGCAAAAGCCAGAUUAGCUUACGCUGAGAAGGAGAUGAACAUUAAAGUAGAAAAGGCCCGCCUAGAAGCAACUCUGGAUGUAAUCAACCUCCAAAAGGAAGCAGAUGCAGCGCAGCCUUGGCUAAAGCAGAGGUAAUGGAGUCAGCAGCAGCUCAAUUUGACAAAGCUGAAUCAGGGGAAGAGUGGCCAUUGUCACCCCUACAAGUAACCCCAGAGCAAAAAGUGAGUGAAUACAUAAAUAAACACAGCCACACUGACCUGGCUCCAGACAUUACAUCUCACCAUGACGACAGUAAAUAUCAGAAUGAACAAUCCAAACAACCAGUAAUGUACACACCUCUUUGUCCCAAACAAGAGCCAGUGCAGUACUCAUUCAUGCCACAAGAUGGGGCAGAGAGACGACUACAAAGAGAUGUAAGUCCACAGACUCUCCACGAUGCAUUACAACUGCAGCACGGAUUAAGCUCAAAUAAUAAUGCAGACACCAUAGCAAGCGACCUCGCCAGAUUAUUAGCCAAGAGUCAGCUAAUAACUGGAGGGCUGUCUAAAUUUGACGACAAGCCAGAAAAUUAGUUGGAAAGCCACAUUCCAGAGCACUGUUAGGGACCUUGGUCUAACAGCCACUGAAGAAAUCAACCUAUUCAUUAAGUGGCUAGGCCCAGAGUCUUCUGAACACGCCAAGAGAUUAAAAGCAGUCAACAUAAAGCAUCCACCUGCCAGUCUGAACAUGAUAUGGUUGAGACUAGAGGAAUGUUACGGCUCACCAGAAGCAAUAGAAAACUCCCUGUUUGCCCGAAUACGAGACUUUCCAAAGCUCUCCAGUAAAGAACCACACAAGCUUCGCGACCUAUCAGAUCUGCUGUGUGAACUCCAAGCUGCAAAGCUAGAUGGUUAUUUGCCUGGUUUAAGUUACCUCGACACAGCUAGGGGAGUACAUCCAAUUGUGGACAAGUUGCCCUUCCAUCUUCAAGAGAAGUGGACAAUGGUAGGGUCAAAGUUUAAAGAAGACCACAAUGUUAGCUUCCCACCAUUCUCAUUCUUUGUUGAAUUUGUGAAACGUCAAGCAAAAGCAAGGAAUGAUCCAAGCUUUACCACACCUUUCAACACGACUCUUUCCUAUGCCAACCACAUGUCCAGCUACAGAAAAGAAAAACCGUUAAGUAACCUCAACCAAAGGUCAUCGGUUACAGUGCACAAGAUGGACAUAUCAUCAGAGGGAUCAAAGGUAAAAAAAGCAGACGAAGACAUUGAAAGACAGUGCCCCAUACAUCACAAACCCCACCCACUCAAAAGAUGCAGGGGCUUUAGAGCUAUGCUGCUUGAGCAGAGGAAGAGGUUCCUCAGAGACAAUAGCAUUUGCUACCGCUGCCUUGCUUCCACCGGCCACCAAGCCAAAGACUGUACAGUCAUGAUUAAGUGUGAAGAGUGCAAUAGUGAGAAACACCUGGCAGCUCUUCAUCCUGCCCCAACACUGCAAAUGCCCAGGCCUCCUUCAUCUCCUGAAGUGCACGGCGGGGAGCAAGCAAAUUCACAAGACCCGGAUGUUACUGCCACAUGCACAGAGGUAUGUGGAAACAAAAUCACAGGGAGAUCCUGUUCUAAGGUUUGCUUAGUGCAAGUCUAUCUCAAGGGUCAGCGAGACAACGCCAGAAGGAUGUAUGCAAUAAUUGAUGAUCAAAGUAACCAGUCACUUGCAAAGACAGAGUUUUUUGACAUAUUUAACAUACAAACCACACCUGAACCAUACAUGCUGAAAACUUGUAGUGGUGUAACACACACGACUGGUAGAAGAGCAUGUGGCUACAUGGUUGAGUCAUUAGAUGGAAAAAUGAGUUUCCCUCUCCCCACGCUCAUUGAGUGCAAUGCCAUCCCCAACAACAGGGAAGAGGUGCCAACUGCAGAAGCUGCUUUACACCACCCGCACCUGAAAGCAAUAGCUGCUCAAAUACCACCUCUCAACCCAAGUGCAGACAUUCUGUUGCUGAUAGGACGCAACUGUGUUUUGUCACACCAGCAACGACAACCACCUUGCUCAUUCAGCUGAAGAUGUAAUCUUUUUGAAAAAGAUGGCAGGCUUCUUCAAGGACAAUACAAACAGCUGGGUUGCACCACUCCCGUUCCGAACCCCCAGACGCAAACUCCCGGAUAACCGGUCCUA